GUACCUGUGAAAAGCGGUUGCUAUUUUUUUGAGCCAUGCUCAAUUUUUUCAUGAGCCUGUAUCUCGUUCAUUGGAUUGCAACAUCACAAUUGUGGAAUGUUCUAAAAAAUGCAUUUACUUAUAACAUAUAUGUACAUCUAUAUUCUCUAAGGUUUUAGUUGGGAUCAAUCCCAUCGAAGCGAAACAAGUAGCAAAAGUUGAGAAUAACACAACAGCGUCAUAAUUUACGUACAAAUGGCAGUGAUAGGAGUUCAAUAAUAUACCAUUUAAAUAAUAUAAAAAUCUAUAAAUUAGCCCUACCAGACUUUGGCACACUAAUUGCUGUGAAUUGAGUCCCGUUGUUUCGCAAUUGCGUUAUCGGCUUUGGAUCUAACUUUUAUCCAGGCAAAAAGUCAGUUUGCUACUUGAAUGAAGGGACGUCAGGAUGAGCUUUCAUUCCGAUCAGGAAAAGCAACUUAUCACAAAGUUUCGGAGCAGAGUGUUUGAUAUUUUAAAACCUGGAGAGGAUCGUUCGGAUCAGUUUUUGCUCAGAUGGAUUCGAGCUCAGGAUGGAAAUAUAGAAAAGGCAGAGCUUAUGAUCCGAAAGUCCUUUGACUGGCGAAGGGAGUAUGGUUUUGACGAUAUCCUGUACCAAGCCAUUGACCCCGUGCUAAUGCACCUGUGCCCCUACUCCAUGCUCGGCUUGGACACUCUGGGUCACCCGGUGGUCUCUUUCUCCAUUGGCCGGUGGGACCUUGCCCGCAUUGUCAAUGAGGGAAGAGAGGUCGAGUUCGUAACCCACUACACUCAACUGUUUGAAAAGGCCAUGGAGCGGAUUCGAGAUAGCAAUAAGGGUCGCAAACCAUGGGAAUUUCAAAACACACAGUUCACGGCGAUUGCUGACUGGGCUGGAUAUUCGUACCAACAGCUCGUCAAUUUUAAAGCAGUGCAGCUAAUGUUGAAAUUGGCCUCCUCGUUUGACUCCCACUACCCAGAGACGCUCUACAAAGCAUUUUACAUCAACUGUCCAGCCAUAUUUCCCCGUCUGUUCGCCAUGCUCAAGCCUGUGAUGAGGGACAAGACUGUGGCGAGGAUCAAGGUGUACGGGACGAAUCGCCAAGAGUGGGAGGGGAAAAUUAAGCGCCUCGUGCACUCCAACCAACUUCCCCCCGAGUACGGAGGCACUGCAGGGCCUGUUUCUCUUUCAGCUGCACAAGGCCAGACGACGACCCUGACGACGACAGGAGCUUACCCUCAAUAAGCCUCCUGGGUGUACAUGCAUGCACAAAUGAAUAACAAUUCCAGUUUUAAGAGAUCGAUAUUAUUAUCUUUAUUGUAUUCGCGAAGAAGUAAAAUUCAAAGUUUCAUAGCGGUAUGCUAUGCUAGAGAUUUAUCACAAAAUAGACUUCCUCGACAAGUAAAUAUUUCGUGUUUAGAUUUAUUAGUUAAAUCGAUAGCGGCUGCAUUACAAAUAAAAGCUUCUGUAGCAUAAUGUGACAAAAAGACAAAAAAUGACAAAAAGGAAGGGAA